AUGGGCUUUCUGUCCGGUUUCUCUGCGCUGCAGGGGAGGAAGAGAAGGAAAAAGGAGACGCAGGGCCCUCGGCUGUCCGAAGACACCAUGGGACGCAAGGUGGCACGCAGCGUGGGCGGCUUUGCCCUGGGGAUGACUAUCGCCACACUCUACGCUAUGUUGGUCAUUUUUGUCCAGGGCUACAACCUCUGGUACUGUCUGGUGUCGACCAUCAGCCUGGCGGCCGGCCUCGGCUUGGGCAUGGCCUUCUCGUACAAAGUGAGGGUGACCGUCUUGCUCGUGCUGCCCCAGAUGUUCUCAAGAGAGAGCAAAACCAUCCUGCUGCUCUUGGCCUUCGGCUUGGCCAUGCAGGGCCCCUUCGCCAACAUCGUGCGGAACUUCACGCGCUCUGCCGAGGCCGUGUCGUGCGGCGCUGAGCUCGCUCUGAACCAGACGGCGGAGAUGCUGCAGAGAGCCCGUCAGCCCCUGCUCGCUGCGUUACAGAAAAUCAAGGAUAUUGCGAAGAAGGCCAAAGUGGUCGGCGACCGUGUCCGAAAGCUUUUCCGGGCCGUCAUGGACUCUGUUCGGCAUGUUGCUCACUGCCUCCGGAACGUGUGGUACUGGAUGCUGAACCUGGGCGAGGUGUGCAACCGGGAACUGGGCACCCCCUACCGCAAGUGCGUCAACCUCUUUGACAACGCCAAGGACCAAUGCGAACAGGCCAUCCCCGCCCUUUACCUCCUCUGCUACAUCGUGCUGCUCUUCAAGCCCCUCUGCGGCCUGGCAAACGUCCUCCUCGUGUUUUGCAUCAUUCCCCAAUAUAUCGUGCCGUUCAUACGCCGCAACAUUGGAGCUCCCAUCUCCAGAGUGCUCGACCGCAUCCGCCGUGAGUUUGAAUUCAACAUCACCACCGUCCACCAUUACGACGUGUCCGUCAAUGCCAGCAAGAGCCUGUCCCAGGUGGCCUUCGACAUCAUGGAGGACAUCUCGCUGCGCCUGCAGCCGGUGCGGGAGGCCGUGGGGCUCUUUGGCUAUAUGUCCACUUUGGUCAUUCUGUACAUCUAUGUCAAGGCUCUGCUCUACCGGAAGUGUUACUUGCAUGAGGACAGCUUUGACAACAUCUACAUCACAAAACAGUUCCUCGAAAUGGAAGCCAUGAGGAGAAAGAACCAGAGGCCCACUGUCCUCCCGCUGUCUGCCACAGAGAGCGCGAAAUACAUCCGCCCAGCCUCUCUCGUAUUACCCCGCCACGAACGGCUCCGCUACGCCCUGGCGGUGACCUCCAUCUUCCGCCAGCUCAUCAUUGUGACCCUCCUGAUCAUCGGUGAUUACUCGGUCUUCUGGCUUUUCGACCUAGUGCGGUACCAGCUGCACGGCGAGAUAGUGGCGAGGGCUCCUGUGACAAUGACCGUCAGCGUGACCGGGACGGGCUACUCGGGCGAGAUGUACCGGGACAUGGUUUCAGCAUUUGAUGUGUUGCAGCGCGGGAACAUCAGCGUGCUGUCCAAGAAAUGCCGCUUGCACCCCUCAGAGCCCGAUUACGGUGGCUACGUCAUUAUCGGUCUCAUGUACGGAGCCUGUUUAUUCAUCGCCGUCUUUGGCAGCUACGUGCAGCGGCUGCGGCGGAUCGUGUGCGCCUGGUACUACCCCUCCCGUGAGCAGGAAAGAAUCUGCUACCUCUACAACACCAUCCUGACCCGAAGGACGACUUUACUGAGUGCUGUGCUGAAGGCCGUGAGGAGGCGUUCAGUGGACGGAGGUCAUACCAACCUCUUCCUCAUCUUGGCUGCCAAUUUCCUAGAUGCAUGUGGCGGCAGUGUCCUCUGGCGACCCACAUUUCUGGAUGAGAGGACUUCAGUGGGCUCUCGUAUCUACUGCCCCAAAUGCUACCGGCUCUUGAACAACAUCUGCUCCAUCUGCAUGGGCCCCCUAACCUUUCAGGGAGAUCUGGAUGAGGAGAUCGACUCCAGCGACGAGGAGGCCAUGGCCCUGCAGACGGUGGCCGUCAAGGCACUCCGGGAGCAUCCGGGUGAGGAACGGGGCAUCAAGCGGGCCGUCAAAGGGAAGGGGGCCUGCCGCCGCCUGCCCCCCGAGACGGCCCAGGAAACACUCGACCGGCUGAAGGAGGAGGGGAGCAGCUCCAGCGAGGACAGCGAAUCCAGCAGCCCAAGGGACAGCAGCACCCCCAGCUCGGGGUCUCCCUCCAGCCUGGAUUUCACCUAUCAAGAUCAGGCAGAGACGAGUGGCAGUGAGGGACCCACCCCGGAGACCAAGGAGUUGGAGGAGGUGAAAUCGGAGGGGCGCCCCCUGCAGGAGGAGACCAAAUCUGAGAGAAGACCUCUGGAGGAGGUGGAGAUACCUGGCGGACACCAGAGACUCCCUGCUUUCCAUUUUAUUGUGAAGCAGCGUCAACGGACAAGUCACCAGGAGAAACAGUACGCAGGGGGGUGA